CCCCACUCAUGUUUCCAGAUAUGGAGAGAGAGAGAGAGAGAGAGACCCAACAACUCCACGAUUAUAAAAUCGCCAAAUCUGUGGCAACAAACACAACAAAUCCUAAAUUAAAAGCCCUUUUGAUCGGAUCCUAGUAUCUUUCCUCUUAUCAUCGGUGGAAAUCUUAUGCGUGUUCAUGGAAAAUAUUCAGAAACCGAGCAUGAAUCUCGUCUUGUCCACCGACACCAAGCCCAGGUUGAAAUGGACUUCUGAGCUCCAUCACAGAUUCGUUGAAGCCGUCAAUCAGCUCGGAGGACCAGAGAAAGCGACGCCGAAGGGUGUGAUGAAGAUGAUGUGUAUCCCUGGGCUGACGUUGUACCAUCUCAAGAGCCAUUUACAGAAAUAUCGGCUUGGGAAGAGCCUGCAACUCGGUGGAAGCUGCGUUAACGAUAAGCACGAAGAGGCUGUCCCUGCCGAUGAAAACCAAGAAGUUCACACCAACAACGCCCAUGAAGGUGUCGAAGGCGGAGCCACCAAGGAAAAACAAGACGAAAGCGAGCAGAUGGAAGAGGCGCUACAAAUGCAGAUGGAAGUUCAGAGGAAGCUGCAUGAACAAAUUGAAGUACAGAGGCGUCUGCAGGUGAAGAUAGAGGCACAAGGGAAGUAUCUACAGUCUGUGUUGAAGAAAGCUCAAGAAACUCUCUCUGGUUACACUUCUUCGAAUCUCGGCUUAGCAUUUGCGAGAUCCGAGCUCUCCAGAUUAGCGUCAAUGGUGAAUAAUGGUGGCCCGAGUUCUUCCUUCUCCGAACUAACAGAAGCAGAAGAAGACGAAGACGAAGAAACCAAAGGAGGAUUCUUGGGAUCCAAGAAACCCAAAAACGUGCGACCUCAAACUAGAUGUUCGGUCGAAAGCUCGUUGACUUCGUCAGAGAGCACGGAGACCAAAUCCGAAAACUGCGAGAGCUUCACGAGGAGAUCGCUGGAGCUUCCAUUAAUGGAGAUGAGACCAGAAGGGAUGAACACGAAGAAGAGGAGGAGGAGCUCGAACGACGCCGUUUGCGUGGAACAGCCUCAGGAGAAGAGAGCCGUCGGAGUUUACGGAGGUGAACACUUGAGAUUGAGCUUGAGUUAGUUACAAGAAAGAGAUUGAAACUUUUUCCAAACCACAGGAUUAGGUCCGAGAGCCAAGAAUUUGGGUUUUAUAAGAUAAUGUUUUAAAACAUUUUGCGUACGUAGGUUGCCCAUAUAAAACUAUAGAUUUUGCGUGUGAACAAAUGGGAAUAUUAUAUAAAUUUCUAUUACGUAUAUUAUAUAAUACAGUAUACAGAUUUGGUGGA